AUGCGCAUAGGGCCAAGUCAUCCCUGUAUGAAGCUUGGUUGCCUUGCCGCCAGCCUUGCAGUGGUGCUUUUAGGAAAGGACAAGCCCAUCUAUGCUCCUUGCUGCGUGCAUGCGUCCAUACUCCCACCUAUUCCCAUUCACUCCCUGCCUUCCCACCUCUCGGAUGUCUACCUCUCCUCCUCCCUGCUCCUCCUGCCUCCCUGCCAUGCAGAUAAGAUUGCAGUGACGGGUGACAAGAUACGGCAGAAGACAUACAGAUGGCACACAGGGUACAUCGGAGGUCUAAAGGAGCGAACCCUCAAGGAUCAGAUGGCAAAGGAUCCCAAGGAGGUCAUUCGCAAAGCAGUGCUGCGCAUGCUGCCCCGCAACCGACUCGUGGAUCCACGAAUGACGAAGCUGAGGAUAUUCGAGGGGGGCAGUCACCCAUUCGAGGACAUUCCUGCGAGGGAGGAGGCGAAGCCUGCCCAGCUCCCUCACCUGCUCCCACCUCCCAGAACCGUACUCUACCCCCAACCAUCACUCUUCCUUCUGCAUGCCCCCCCUUCCCCCCAGCCGCGCAUGACGAAGCUGAGAAUAUUUGAGGGGGACAGCCACCCAUUCGGGGACAUGCCUGUGAGGGAAGAGACAAUGCCGCUAAGAAAUGUGAGGGAGAUGCGACCCAGGGAGAGGCGCGCUGCUGAUAAAGCCGCUCGUGCUGCUGCUGCCAAGGGCCUAGAUCCGGCGGUGACGGCGGUUGCUGCGGUGGAGGAUGACGUCUGCACCAUGGGCCGUGCUGCGCUGGCGCUGGUGACGGCGAGGAGCACGAGGAGGGAGAGAGGCAGGAGCAGCUUGCGCGCUGCGCGCGGCCACGAGUUACUCGCCAUCGUCGAGAUGCCUUGGGAUCGUCGCAGUAAAUGCCGUACGGAUGAGAGCAGGCCCGUUAAUAGUGCUAAGGAAAAAGCCGUUAAAUGGAAAGCCGGUUGA